AUGGGCUGCUGCCAGUCGCGGCUGGAGCGGCUGGAGGCGGUGUCGCGGUGCAAGGCGCGCCGGCGGUACACCAAGCACCUGGUGCAGGCGCGGCGGGACAUGGCCGCGGCGCACGCGCUCUACCUGCGCGCGCUCCGGGCCACCGGCGCCUCGCUGCUGCACUUCGCCAGCGCCGAGUCCGACCACCCGCACCCCAUUCCUCCGCGGCUCACCACCAACACGGGCCGCCGCCGUCCCCGCCGCCGCCUCCCCCCGCCGCCACCGCCGCCGCUCAGCCCCUCCCCGACCACCAGGUCCUGGACGACAAAUUCCUCCUCGAUCUCCGCGUCCGCGAUCUGCCCCCCUCCGCCGCCGCCGCCAAUGCCGUCCAGCUGGGACUUCUGGGACCCCUUCGCGCCCUCCUCCUCCCGCUCCGCCACCGAGGACGCCGACUGGGACGACGCCGCCACCACCGUCGUAGACGCGCCCAUCGCCGCCGCGCCACCCGUCGUCACGGCCGCUGCGGCGGUGGCCGCGCCCCUUCCAUCGUCACCGCUACCACCACCUCCACCACUCCCAGCGAGCUCACCGUCGUCGCGGUACCCCGCGGCGGCGCUGGAAGAAGGACCUCGCGGAGAUCGCCACCGAGCUCGAUGA